AUGAGUCGGACAAGAUUGAGGUUCCAGAAAAAAAAGGGAAUCAAAAUCAAGACGGCAAAGCUCAAAUGGACAUUGAAAGGAGGAGAUCCUAAAAGUAGACUGGAAGCUCAAAUAGUUAGUUUGAAUCCCUUGGUGGUCAAAGGGGUGGAAAAGGAAGCAAUGAUGGUGACGGAGAUAGUGGAAAGCCAGCCUGCGGCAAAAACCCUAGCUGCGCGACUUGGUGCGCACCCUGCGGAUGAAACCCUAGCUGCACAAGUUGAGUCGCGACAACUUGAAUCAUCUUCUGGUCUAACUGUGACGGAAAAAGAAGCAAUCCCGGUGGAUUUGCAGGCAUCCCCGGUUAGGACUGAAGCCGUCUGUGUUGAUGCGCCACCUCUUGUUCAAUCGGAAAAUCGAUUUUCGAUUCUCCAAGCUGCGGAGGAGGAUGACAUCAAAGAGGAGAUGGAAAAUGUCCAUUCUGAAGUUCAUACGCAAAGUCAAAAGGAACAAGAUGAUAUUGGUGCUACAUUGAUUGAUGGUGAGUUGGAUUUAGACAAGAAUAGAUCUUUACUUAAAGUUGAGCUGCGGAAUAUGUCUUUGGUUCCGCAACUGGAUCUCACUCGAUCUAAUGAUGAUUCAUCUGAAAAUGAAAUCCAUAAUACCGAGGCGGUCCAUGACGAGAGAGAGUUAUGGUCUGAUGGAGAGAUUUAUGAUGAUCACAUUGUUGAAAACGACCAAGGCAAGCGCAGUGUCACCAAGAAGCGAGGGCGCAACUCGAAGGAGGAAUGA